CUGUGAACUUGAACAAUUUGCCUUGUGACCAAGAAUUGAUUCUUAUCUCAAAAGUUGCUGAUUGGAAACCUCUGGAGUGCGCCAUCUGCGGGACAAUAACAAAAUCACUCGCCUACUCCCAAUCGACUAAAACUGUCUGUCGUUGAGCUCCAUAGGCCAUUGACUUCUUGAGCCUUUUUUACCCGUUGUCAUUUCCGGCUCAUUUCGCAGCUGAACGAAUGUGUUGCGUUUGAGCUGUCCUAUUGGAGCCCCGGUGGAUUCAAACGAGCACCAGCAGACAUGUCCACCGCCCUCGAGAGUUACAUUAACCGGACCGUUGCCAUCGUCACUUCCGAUGGUAGAAUGAUUGUGGGAACGCUAAAGGGCUUCGAUCAAACAAUCAACCUCAUCCUGGACGAGAGCCAUGAGCGUGUGUUUAGCUCUUCCCAGGGUGUUGAACAGGUGGUUCUGGGACUGUACAUUGUCAGAGGCGAUAAUGUGGCUGUAAUCGGUGAAAUCGAUGAAGAGACAGAUUCUGCGCUAGAUCUCAGCAACAUAAGGGCAGAACCACUCAAUUCUGUGGUGCACUGAUAUCUCAGAAACACACACAAGGACAGAGAAUUUCACAUUUAUAAGUAGUCCCCUGGCUCCAAUUGAAGACUUAACCUGGGAAACCUACAGGCAUGGAAAGGCAGCAAUAUCAUUUGCUUUUUUUUUUUUAAUCUUCAAGGAAAUAGACUUCUUGCCAUUUACAUUUUUAUGUGUAUUGAAACAAUAAAAAACUAAACAAUU